AUGAAAACGGAUCGAAGGCUAGAUGAAAGGAAUUUCGCAGAUCCAUCAACCUUAAUACAAUUUGAUGUGAAUUCUAGCUGUGUAUCUCCCAACUAUAUGGUUAAGCAAUCCGACAUCAAUGAGAAGAUGAGGGUCAUCCUAGUUGAUUGGUUAAUCGAGGUGCAUUAUAAAUUUGAGCUCAUGGAUGAGACAUUAUUCCUUAUGGUUAACAUUAUAGACAUAUUCUUAUCCCACCAAACUGUGGAACGAAAGAAACUUCAGUUGGUCGGAAUUACAGCCAUGCUUUUAGCAUGCAAGUAUGAGGAAGUUUCAGUACCGGUUGUAGAUGAUCUUAUUCUAAUUUAUGACAAGGGUUAUACAAGGAAUCAAGUUCUUGCUAUGAAAUCGAUAGUAAAUACAUUGCAAUUCAAUAUUUCAGUUCCAACUUCAUAUGUAUUUAUGAAAAGAUUCCUUAAAACGGCUCAGUAUGAUAAGAAGCUUGAGCUUCUCUCCUUUUUCUUGAUCGAGUUAUCCUUGGUUGAUCAUGACAUGCUUAGGUUACCACCAUCUCUGUUAGCUGCUGCAGCCAUCCACACUGCUCAGUUUACUCUUAACAGGACUAGACAUUGGAGUAAGACCACACAGUGGCAUUCAUAUUACUCAGAAGAUCAAUUACAGAUGGUUGCAGGUGGUUCUGGACUCGGAACAGUGAUGGAGUGGAACACAAAGACUCCCUUGUAG